AUGUUGUGGAGGAUCAAAGCAUUGUGGCUGGCAUGCCUGUCAGGUGGUCGAUGGAGCCAGUUUCCUUUGUUGCCAGUAGUAUCAGCUUCAGCAUCGAGAUCUCCUGCUUUUGUCUCGUCCAGACGAUCAACGAGAUCUUUCGCGACGGCGGCAUCGAACGUCUCUACUAGUAGCGGAUCCGCCAAUGGCACGACCGAGUCUUCUUUUGCCAUGGAAUGUGAUGAACCAACGUUGGUGGCACAAAGAGUCUUUGCUACCGAUAAACGCCCCGUGAUUCUUUUUGAUGGCGUUUGCAACAUGUGCAACGGGGCCGUGAAUCUGGCACUGGACUGGGAUCCCAAAGGGAAAUUGCGGUUUUCUGCCCUUCAGUCGAAUGUUGGCCGUGCGUUGCUGCAGGUGAAUGGAAGAGCGGCUAAUGAUAUCAGUUCCAUUGUUCUGGUCACAGAAGAUAGCGCUUUCAUCAAGUCGGAUGCCAUUUUGCGCAUUACCGAAGCAUUGACGCCACUGCGACUAGUGGCGCUGAAACCAGCGGCAGUAGUCGCACGAUGGGUGGUGCCCCGAUUUUUGCGGGACAUCGUCUACGAUGGUGUGGCGGUGAGUCGAUACAAUAUACUGGGAAAGCAAGAUCAGUGUCGCUUUGAUGCCGAUGGAGAGUUUGAAGAUCGUUUUGUGGACGACAGACUCGCACAGAAACAAGUAUGA